GACAACUCAACUACAUAACACCCUUUUUAAUCAAUAACUCUUUCAAGCUCCUUCAAUACCUUGUACUCACAGAGAGAUAUUCUGUGAAUAAGAGACCGAUUAUACCACUUUUAAAUACAUCCAACGCGACUUGAAGAAAGGUAUCUUAGCUCUACCACCCACCAGUCUAGGUUUAGAGAGGGCGACGUCAACUUUCGAAUAUACUCUUUAUUUCGCAGUUAUGCCUGGCAAAACACCAUACAAGAAGGGCACCGAUCCAGUCGAAAAUGGUAUCAACGGUACAAAGAAGGAUGAUGCAAAGAGCUCAUUGAAGGGUGAAAAGGGAAAGAGGACCAAGGAAGGCGAGGAGGAGAUGACAGUCGUCGUACCACCUUCAAAGAGUUCGAAACUAUCAGCUCCUCCUCCGAAAGACGGUGAUGGAGAUGUAGCUAUGGAUGGCUCUGCGGAGGGUGAAGAAGGCGCAGGUGUUGAGAAGGUUGAUCCGGUGGCCAAGGCUGUUGCAGAUAUCAAGAGCAAUUUCCCAUUAUUAGAGAAAGCUGUUGCUUUGUUUGAUGCUAGAUACACACUCCGAGCCCUCAGAUCUAUUUCCUCUAUUCGAAAACAUCUUACAGCUGAUAUUCUGGCGCAAGUUAUUACAGAAACUUACCCUACAGCAACUCAACAAGCAAAGGCUUUACUCAUUGGUAUCGACAGAGAGAAUGCCACAUUUAACAAGGCAUCACCAAGUGAGAUGGAAAUUGAUUCUGAUUCAAAAUCUGCCAAAAACGGGAAGAAGGAACCGAAAGAAAUCAUUCCAGAGAUUGAUAUUUUCCUAAGCAUUCUCGUACAAAUCUUCUUCCUCGAUAAUAAGAUGAAUGAGAAGGGCUUCACACUUUCCAAGCAUGUCACAACAGUCAUUCAUGGACUCAACCGCCGAACUCUGGAUUCUCUCUCCGCUCGCGUGUACUUUUACUGGUCUUUGUUCGCUGAACAAUUGGCACCACUUCCACCUUCUCCAGCUUCCCCAAUUGUUGCUAUUCGACCAGCCCUUCUUUCUGGCUUACGGACUGCUGUUCUCCGCAAAGACAUCGACACUCAAUCAACUGUUAUCGUACUUCUUCUACGAAAUUAUCUAUCAACCUCUCAUAUCACUCAAGCUGAUCUUCUCAUCUCGCAUACUAAAUUCCCUGAAAGCGCCUCGAACAACCAAGUUGCAAGAUAUUUAUACUACUUGGGACGAAUCAGGGCCAUUCAAUUGAGAUACACUGAGGCCCAUGAACAUUUGACAGCCGCAACUCGCAAAGCUCCUUCAAGUCCGAGUGCUGCAGGAUUCUCACAAACUGCGACGAAGUUACUUCUUGUGGUUGAGUUGUUGAUGGGAGAUAUUCCUGACCGUGCAACAUUCAGAAUUGCUAGUCUCGAGCGUGCUUUACAACCCUAUCUUAACCUCGUUCAAGCAGUUCGAGUAGGUUUGAUUGCAGAAUUCGAGGCUGUGAUUACUCAACAUGCAGAGACUUUCAGACGUGAUGGCACUUAUACCUUGAUCCUUCGUUUACGACAAAACGUCAUUAAAACUGGUAUUCGAAUGAUGUCCUUGUCCUACUCAAGGAUCUCUCUUCGAGAUAUCUGCAUACGCCUGAAGCUUAACAGCGAGGAAUCUGCGGAGUAUAUCGUUGCAAAGGCAAUUCGUGAUGGUGUCAUUGAGGCAACUUUGGAUCGUGAGAAGGGAUUCAUGAAGAGUAAGGAAGUUGGAGAUGUUUAUGCUACUAGGGAGCCUGGUGAAGCAUUCCAUGAUCGUAUUCGUGCUUGUCUUGCUCUUCAUGAUGAGAGUGUUAAGGCUAUGAGAUUCCCAAUGAAUCAACAUCGAUUGGAACUCAAGAAUGCUCAAGAAGCAAGAGAACGCGAACGCGAAAUGGCAAAGGAGAUUCAAGAUGGUGAUUUGGAUGAAGAUGACCUUAGCGGAGACUUCGAAGGCAUGUAAGAUGAGAAUUGAGGAGUGAAAUGGAAGCCUUUUGAAGAUGUAUACAAACCCGAAUGCGAAUGCAACUUGUAGCAUGAGAUGGUGAAGGGAAGGGAGAGAAUUGGUUUGGUGGCACCUCAUACACUUCUACCAGAACUUGUUUUGCUACUAUUACCUCGUUCCCAAUCUGGGAUUUCUUUCUAAGAGUUGAGAAAAUUGCAACCUACGACAUACAGAUGGCGGAAGGUUGGGGAUUGGACCAUGAAAUGAAGGAAAUUCCACUGCUACAUUAGUUUUUUUUACUUUCCGCACUUUAACUGAACUUUAUUUGCAUGCGAGGCAACGCAUUUGGACGUACAAUAUCUAUGCAGAUGCUGGCCGGGGGUUAAUGAUUAGAAGUGUUAUCUCUGUACAAUGACA